UUCUGCUCAUGUCUCCAGCCCGAGAGACCAACGCUAUUCCGGAUUUUCCAUCUCCGAUUGACUACCUCGGGUUACCAAACAAUUGUUGCCGCUGUAUACCACUUAAAGUCGGAGUCGUACUUAUAUGUUUGGUGUCGUUUGUGUGGGCCGUAUUAGAGUUGAUAAGUUCGGAAAAGUUAAUAGCAUCGAUGUUCUCCAAUAAGAACAGCCUACUCAGUGCUGCCAAAGUACUCCAUGUGUUUAUCGUCAUGUUCUUCUUACUGUCCUGCGGUCUUCUCAUGCUGGGGAUAUAUCUAAGAAAGAGUAUGCUUAUCCAUUUCUUCGUGUGGUCUGGGUUCGUCUUCAACUGCAUCUGUAUAGCCUUGGACGUUGUGUCCCUAGCUUUCCAAGCUAUGUUCACCGAACACGUUACUAAGAAAACUGCAAUGGUUACAGCGUUUUGUGUCAUUUGGCAUUGCAUAUUUUUUUACUUCUUAAGCGUUGUCAACAGCUUUAAGUUCAGCAUAAUGUGGAUAUAGAUGUUUCAAUCGUUUCUGUAAAUAUAAAUCGAUU